AUGCGGUCUCUUCUCACUCUUACCCCCCUGCUGUUCUCUGCAGUGAGGGCUCUGCCUCAAGCAACUGGCACUCCCACCUCGUCAACUGGCGCCACGAGCUCUCCUGCCCCUACCGCGUCUGGUGGUAAUCCUUUCGAGGGUUAUCAGAUGUACACCAACCCGUACUACUCGUCCGAGGUGGAAAAUCUUGCGAUUCCUUCCCUGACUGGCUCUUUGGUCGCGCAGGCAAGCGCUGCGGCGAAGGUCCCAUCCUUCCUCUGGCUUGACACGGCCGCUAAGGUCCCAUCGAUGGGCGAAUACCUUGAGGGCAUCAAAGCGCAGAAUGAUGCCGGAGCCAGCCCUCCAAUUGCCGGUAUCUUCGUUGUUUACGAUCUUCCUGAUCGCGACUGCGCCGCCCUGGCCAGUAACGGAGAGUAUCUCAUUGCCGACGGCGGUGUCGAGAAGUACAAGGCAUACAUUGAUUCUAUCCGCAAGCACAUUGACAACUACUCGGACACUCAGAUCAUCCUCAUCAUUGAGCCUGACAGUUUGGCCAAUCUGGUCACGAAUCUGAAUGUGGCCAAGUGUGCCAAUGCCGCGGAUGCCUACAAGGAGUGCACCAACUAUGCUCUGAAGACUCUUGAUGCUCCCAACGUUUCGAUGUAUCUCGAUGCUGGACACGCCGGAUGGCUGGGAUGGCCCGCCAACAUCGGCCCAGCGGCCAAACUAUUCGCAGGCGUGUACAAGGAUGCCGGCUCGCCCAAGUCUGUGCGUGGUCUCGCGACCAACGUGGCUAACUAUAACGCCUUCAUUGCCAAGACAUGCCCGUCAUAUACUUCGCAAAACGAGGUUUGCGACGAGAAGAGCUACAUCAACAACUUCGCUCCUGAGCUGGCCAGUGCCGGAUUUGACGCGCAUUUCAUUGUUGACACCGGCCGCAACGGAAAGCAGCCAACCGGACAGAUCGAAUGGGGUGACUGGUGCAACGUUGUUGACACUGGCUUCGGAGUCCGCCCUACCACCGAGACUGGAGAUGAGCUGGUAGAUGCUUUUGUCUGGGUUAAGCCCGGUGGUGAGAGCGAUGGCACUUCGGUCACCUCUGCUACCCGCUACGAUGCCCACUGUGGUCUCGAGGACGCCCUGAAACCUGCCCCGGAGGCCGGAACCUGGUUCCAGGCCUACUUCGAGCAGCUUCUCAAGAAUGCUAACCCCACCUUCUAA